AUGGGGGAGCGGGAGGGGAUGGGGGGCAACGGUGGAGCUACUGCGGGAACCAGGGAUGGGGACCGGGAUGGGGUUAGGGGGACACCGGAGCCACCAGGGAUGGGGACGGGGAUGGUGGAGGAACCAGGGAUGGGGACAGGGAUGAUGACCACCAGGGAGGAGGGACAUCAGGGCCACCGGGGAGCGGGGACAGGGAUAUUGGAGCCACUGGGACACCAGGACCACCUGGGAUGGGGACAGGGGCCAGCAGGGCCACCAGGGACAGGGAGGUUGGUGGCCGCUGGGCCACCAGGGCCACCAGGGCCAGGCACAGGGAGCCGCCGCCGCGGUCACCACCCCUCCCUAAUCGCCGGCUUCCGGGGGGACCCAGGCGUCCGCGGCCCCGCCCUGACCUUUGUGACCUUGAAACCCAAAGGGGACCCAGGGCGUCCGGACGCACCCACCCCGCCCCGAGUCCGGGUGACGCCCUGA